AUGGACGGCAUUGCCUCGCCCAAUGCAAUCGUCUGGCCCACGCUCGCGGAAAGCAACAGCAACAGCAACAACGACGACGACGAGCGCGCGCUUCCAGACGACUGGCCCACGGCGCAAGACGGCUCCGAAUGGGAUGGAACCCGCCUGCUGGACCUGACGCGUCGCGGCGAGAGCCCCUUUGGCGCUGCCUGGAACGUCGAGGCCUUUAUCGGCGAGGUCGAGCAGAUUCUCAACGCCAGCGUCGUCGAUAUCCCCACCGUGUCGAGGGGAGCAAACCACUACGGUCUUCACGUCCAGCUCGACAGCAGGCCAGACGUCGUGGCCCGCCUCUCCCGCCACGACGUCAACAGCCCCGGCUUCCACGGUUCAGAUCUCGAGGCCAAGCAGCGGCAGCUGAGCCGCUUCGAGAUUGCAACCUACGACGCCCUGCAGCCGCUCGCCCGCGCGUCGCAGCCGCACGGCCGAGUCUUCGGCGGCCGCCCGCUCCACCAUCGCGACCCCGUUGCCUGGAGGGCCGGGGCCGGCGUGGCUCCUCCCUCGCCUCCUUUCCCUCAUGAUGCCUCGGCGUCGAUGCCCCCUCUGUGCCGCACCGUCCUCGGCCGCCGCCUCUUUCUCUUCGAAAAGUCCCCAGGCGAGGGCUACGACUACGUCCGCUGGCGGGCGCUGAGUCCCGCGAAAAAGUCAUUUCUGCUUGCCCAGUCGGCACGGGUUGCCGCGACGCUCUUCCAGUACCGGCUGCCGGCCGAGUAUGCCUCGACGUGGCUGCCGGUCCGCAUUACAGAGCACCAGCAAAACUAUGUCAGCCAGCGCGAGGUGACGCCGACUCGCGACUUUUGCGCGUCUCUGCUGCACACGAGGAUCGAGGCGGCUCUCUCGCGCCUCGCCCUCCGGCUACCCCAUCUGGCUCCUCGGGCGUUGCUUGUACGCCAGGACCUCGACUGGCUGGUGCCGCGGGUGCUCCCGCAGGCCGGCAAUGGCCUCAGCGAGACGGCGCUGUACCGGUUCGUGCUGGAUCACGGCGACUUUGGCAUCCACAACAUGACGAUUGCGACGGACGACCAUGGACGGCCGUACAUCACGUCGGUGUACGACUGGGAGGCGGCCAGCAUUGUGCCGGCGUUGCUCUCGGAGCCCAAGAUGGUGGUGACGGCCGACCUGGUUGUCAACGACGAGGGCGAGCCGGCCAUCAGUCGGUGGGGAGACGGGGACAGCAUAUCGCACAUGGGCGAGUAUCUGGAGUGGUCGAAUGAAUAUUACAAGGAGCUCUUCAGACAGUCGCCCGAAUACCGAGGGGUGAUAAUGGCGAGCGGCGACGCGCGGCGGAUUUGGUUUGCCAUGCGCGAGUUCGAGGUGGAGGAUCAUCGGCAGCGACUGGUGUGGCUCUCGGGGUGGGCGAGGCGCAAGGUGGCCGAGUAUAGGGCCAAAGAGGGCUUUUAUCUGGUUGAAUAG